CCAUACCUUUACAAAAAAAAAAAAGGGACGGUGUGAAAAGAUAAAAAAGCGUGUUCAUUCAAAUUUGAUAUCCCGAAAAGAAGGAAACCGUUUAAGAAAAGCAGAGUCGGACGAACGAAGAAGAGAGAAAGAGGCAUGCGGUGGUGGCUGUUAUGGCUGAAGUCUUAUAUUGGAUCUCUACGUUUGUUCUCAUCUUAACUCUUCUUUGUAUGCUCGGUUACCAGCUUAUUUUGUUGGUGGACCUGGAGUUUGAUUAUAUCAACCCUUAUGAUUCAACAUCUCGGAUAAACCAGGUUGUCUUACCAGAGUUCAUAAUCCUGGGAAUCUUCUGCUUUACCAAUCUUAUAGCAGGACAUUGGUUUACAUUCUUCCUAUCUCUCCCUUGCAUGUAUUACAAUGCGAGAUUGUACUUCAAAAGAGAACACUUGGCAGAUGUUACAGAGAUCUACAAUAAGCUGAAAUGGGAGAAAAACAAGCGCUUGUUCAAAGUGGCAAACCUUGUCAUAAUAUUUGUCUUUUCUAUAUUGAGCUUGGUAUGGACCCUUACGGAGGAUGUGCAUUAAGUGGUGGCUUACCUUCCAUGCCUCCUAAUUUACAGGCUGAAUUGCUGAGACAUUCAAAACCUUUGUGGGAAAAUCCAUCUUCUGAGCUAAGUUCCAUGGACAACAACCAUGGUGAGAGCCAUCUGCGACAGGCUGAGCUCCUUAGAGAGGGGACAUGUGACAAUCCACAGCGAAAACGGAGCUUGGGAAGGUGUGAUACUCUUAGUGAAGUUUUAGAUUCUUGAUGUGAAUUAGAGUAUUUUAGGCAGAAUAGAAGUUUAGAGCUUGUAAUGAUUUUGGUACAAACAUAAACUGAUGUAACAACCCAGUCUUACGGUAACAACAUUUUCUGAUAGGUUAAAUUAACAUUAUUUAUGAGAUAUGCAUGCAACAAGGUUUAAAUUCUCUUUUUUGCAUGCACUUCUUCUUUUC